AUGGACGUCGCCAGGACGAUGGCACAGCAUUACGUGGACGAGAAUAGAGAGAAUAAGGCACAUGGUGAUAUCAUAAUACAUGUUGGAGAUGCAUCCACGGGCACUAUAUACGCAGUGAUGCUGGUUUCUACAAAUGUCGUGGUUGAAGAGUUGCGUGAUGAAUUGGAGCGAUUGAGCGGCGUUUCCAUAGCUGACCAAAUUCUACUAUGUGGUCCGCCCUUUGCUCGACUCGAUCCACGUCGUGCUAUUGAGUACUAUGGAUUACCAUCAGAGGACAAAAAGGUGUUUCUGUAUGACCGUCAAUUGCUGUCACAGGAGGCAGUUAUGUCUCCAUCGGUGAAAGCAGCUCUUACCCCAGUUCAUGUGAAAUUACCGUCACAGCCGAUGGCUUCGUCGGAAGGUUCAAAGAUGUUGAGUGAAAGUCUUCAUCCAAUAAUGAGAGCGUUAGCAGAGUAUGAGGGCUACUUCCAGUUACAGGUCAGCCAAAGUGAAGCACUUGAGAAUGGCACGCGUGCCAACAUUACUGCCAGUGAACGCGGUGCACAAGAGUUGCAGGUUCAGGAACAAGCUAUUGCUGCAGCUCUUGCGAACCUGGAUCUGUUCAAGACGUCGAUGAUAAAGCAUUUUACUCCAUUUUGGGCGGAUUUUCAAGCGACAAGCGCAAAGCACGAACGUUUGUUGAGUCAGUUUGACAGCUAUCUCGACGCGUUGGCUACGGUCGAGCUUCAUCCUGCACUAGUUACGGAAGAACGCAAGACUCUUUUAGACUGUAUCCCUGUCGAGAAGGAGCGUGAAUGGUCUGCGCAAUGUGAGCAAUCGCAGACGCAUGUGCGAGCACAGGUAUUGAAACUUCAUCAGGUCCAUGACGAGAUCUGCAAGGAAGUCACCGAUAUGAUGGCUGCACAUGCCGAAUUGAGUCGGGAGUAUGACGAAGCAAGAGCUGAAUUGGAACAAAUGCACGCGCUGGGUAACAAGCAAAUGAAUAUCACAAGUACGUUGCGUAGCAAUUUGCAUUACGUGCUUAGAAGCAUUGAGGAGACGUCGAUGGUAGCAAGCGGAAGUAAUCCUAUGCAAGCUUCUACGAAUGCUCUCGACGUUUGUCGGAGAAUCGAUGAGUUAUAUCAACGCCAACAGAAUAUGGUUCCUGACGCACAGAAGCUCGUUGAAGAUGUUGUAGCACAAAUGAACAAGAUAGCAUCCAGAAAAGCUACCACAUUCGCUCGAGUGCACUCAACCUUGCGUCAAAUCUCUAUUUCACAGUCAAAGAUUCGAGAUUUUGAGAACUCGUUGUCUAUCUUUCGUGAGGCUGUAGCUGUCCAAAAGAAACAUUUUUACGAGCUGGAACAUCUGGACAAGCUACCAGAAUCAUACGCGGCUUGCCUGAAAGAGAUUUCAAGACGUCUUAAGUAUGGUCGCAUGUUCUCGGACCGGAUCCAGUCAAUGGCGGAAGAACUUGCUCAGCUGCGUGAGGACGAAGUUCGACACCGUGAAAAGUUUUUGCGCAGCUACGGCCAGCAUCUACCUCGUGAUUUUGUUUCAGGACUGGCGGAGAAGCCGUCUCACUGCGAGUUUCGCAUGCGUCCAUUUGACCAAAGUCUUCCUCUUAUUAAUGAGGACGAUCAAGAUUAUGAUGCUUACGAAGACAAGGAGCGCUUAACUUCCGAGCAAUUUGUUGAUUGCAAGGAUCGUGGCAGCUCUUCUGAAUCGGGCGUUAACGUGGAUCUCCUCCAAGAGUGCUGCAAUGAAGUGGAGACGCGAGUAUCAAAGCUCACUGCGGAGCUGGGACAGUCAAAAAAGGCUUUGUACUACGAUGGGUCUGGAAGCGAAUCCAUUCCCCGCUCAGACACAUCCAAAACUAGCGCACGAGAGGGAGAUAGCUCGUGCGAGUUCCCGCUGGUACUGGCGUUGGCAGCAACGGCGGGUGGCAUGACCGACUCCUUGGAAGCUGAUCGGCCAAAUCUUCUUGAUCAAGAUUUAGCGUCUGUGAGGCGAAAAAUUGGUACUGACAACAAGGAUGUGACCAUUACCAAGCUGGAGAGUGAAAACCAGCAAUUAUUGCUGAAUGCGGCAGCCUUUGAAGAGGAAAUUCAGGAGCGAUCGAAGCGUGAGAAGCAACUGAAGGAGAGCCAGUCUAAACUUCAGCAGACGAUCAAGGACCUGAGUAGCAUUGUUCAAUCACAGCGAACAUCGAUGACCAAGCUGCUGGGGCUACUUCAGCUACCCACCGUUGAGGAAGAUGCCUUGUUUGUGAACAGCAACUUUGACGCUAUUGAAAGGCGUGUUAGAGAGCUGCUAGCGAGUGCCGAGUCGGGAUUAAUGUUGCAGUCGGAGCUGGAACAGCGGCGGUCUGACUUUCACUUAAUGGAGUCCGAGCAAGAUAUAAACGACUCGUUUAAGAUUUCAUUUCGAAGCUUUGAUGUAAAUGAUUUGGCACUAUUUUUGCCGACAUCAGCACCCGGAAGUGAUGCCCAGCGGGUGUAUUUGGCCUUUCACCUCGGCUGUCCACACCGUUUUCUUUCGGAGGAAUCCAUCUCUUCUUUCAGCAAUGACGGUCAAAGAUAUCCCGACUACGUAGUGGGUCGCAUCGUACUGAUUGACGAGCAGACCGCGACGGAAGGUAACAACCCGUACGCGUUGCAUGUUGGGACGAUAUUUUACGUCUUGACGGUCGCAAGUCUACAUGAAAGCUAA